UAUGCCAUUCUGUGUGGUGUCUAGCGUGACCGCGGCCUGUCAUCUGACUCUUUUCCUGUUGGGAGAGAAAAAGUUUUGAAACCCCACCCUCUCUGCUGACUGCUAAGCGCAGACGUAGAAGUGGUUCGAGGUCCUGGCGACUGAACACUGACCGAGGAAAGGAAUAUUAUAAUAAGUCAUGAUGGAGUUAUUGCGCUCUUUGGAUACGGAUACCGACUAUAAGUACAGACCCGCCGAGCGGGACCAGGGCACGCGCUGGUUCAAUUAGGAACUAUCCGGGAUUUGUUUUUACUGCGUGUUUUAUGAAGUAAAGUAAAGCAGGUUUGGAGAGCUCUUCCUGUUACCGUUCCUGAGUUUUUAUGUUGCGAUAGAGCCCAGCGCGUUGUGUGCUUCUGAUAAGACUGUAAGUAUGGACACUCUGCCGCAAAGGGAUGCGGGAUUUCCUGCGGUAGCGCCGCAAAGUUGCGGUCAAACACGUUUAUUGGCGAUUUGGUCCUAAUAAUGCGAACUGGUCAGCCCUGAAAUUUGUCAUAAAACACUGGUUGGCUGAACUGAAAGCUCCUUUCCUGCUAUUCUUCUCUGCCUCUCCGCGCUUCCUGCUUGUGGUGGCCACUGCGCUUAAUGGCUAAAAAUACAUAAAAAAAAAAAUCUAAAUGGACCGCUAAAUGUAGUGGGAACCUUCAUUUGGAGUUGCAGUUGCAACACGUGUGCUUUGGACACUUUUAUUUUUGUCCUUAAACUUUUAGUUUUGAAAGUCAGAGCUCAACAGGUGGCGCUUUUAAUUGAGGAAAGAGAAGAGCUAAUUUACCCAUAAUAAGGUGAUUCGGAACAAGAGCCUCUUAAGUAUAGGCCGGUGAAAUGAUAUUGUGCUCUGACCGAGUUUUGGGAAACCACACACCACAUCACUUGAACAGAGAGAAAUUCAGUGGAGACUGUGCUGCCUCUCUGGGCUUUGGAACACUUAAUCAAACAAAAGCAAUCGCUUGACUGAUCCUGCAUUUUCACAUGGAGAGCGCUGCGUUUAAAGUCAAAACGAAUGAAAGACACUCGCCUUUCAAUUAUCUUUGAGUCCUCUCCUGUAGCCCACUUGUUGGUCAAGCUUUUGAACACAUUUCACUGGUCCCUGAUGAACCAACAAGAAAGACAGGAAAGGGAGCGAGGAGCAAUAAAGUACUCUUUUGUACUUUAUUUUCAAACCCUUGGGGUGCAAAAUCAGAUCCAGUCAAAACAUCUGCUUGAGGCUCCAUGGAGCCACUGAAGAACAUAUUAUGUCGUGGCCCACUGUCAAACUGGAAAAAUUUGGAGCAGUCACAAAAAGGGAACUUCACUAACCCUGUGUGGACAGCCUUAUUUGACUAUGAGGCGUCCUGUAAAGAUGAGCUCACCUUGCGUAAAGGUGACCUGGUGGAAGUCCUGUCUCUGGACUCUGAGAUAUCAGGGGACGAGGGCUGGUGGGCGGGUAAGGUCAACAACAAGGUGGGCAUCUUCCCGUCCAACUACGGCUCCUUCAAGCCAAAUGGCUACGGGAAGCUUCCGGGCAGCGCUGUGGUCAGUGAGCUUGGUCCGGCUGUGGUGGGCGAGUUCGAACCCGAGGCGGUGGAUUUCCGGGAGCUGAGCCUGGAGGAGGUCAUCGGGGUCGGGGGAUUUGGGAAGGUGUAUCGCGGUACAUGGAGAGGCAGGCUGGUGGCGGUAAAAGCCGCCCGGCAAGACCCGGAUGAGGACAUUAGCGUGACGGCGCAGAAUGUCAGGCAGGAGGCCCGUUUGUUCGCCAUGCUCACUCACCCCAACAUCAUUGCGCUGAAAGGCGUCUGCCUGCAGGAACCCAACCUGUGCCUCAUCAUGGAGUACGCUUCAGGUGGGGCGCUGAGCCGGGCGCUGGCUGGGCGUCGCAUCCCGCCACACGUCCUGGUCAACUGGGCCGUGCAGAUAGCCAGAGGGAUGUUGUACCUGCACAGUGAGGCCAUCGUCCCCGUCAUCCACCGGGAUCUCAAAUCCAACAACAUCCUUCUAGCUCAGCCCAUAGAGAAUGAAUGUAUGGAGGGUUUGACACUGAAGAUCACCGACUUUGGCCUGGCGAGAGAGUGGCACAAGACCACCAAGAUGAGCACCGCGGGCACCUACGCCUGGAUGGCCCCCGAGGUCAUCAAGUCCUCCACCUUCUCCAAGGGCAGCGACGUCUGGAGCUAUGGUGUUCUGCUGUGGGAGCUCCUAACAGGAGAGGCACCCUACAAAGGGAUUGAUGGCCUUGCAGUCGCCUACGGAGUCGCUGUGAACAAGCUCACCCUGCCCAUCCCUUCCACGUGCCCUGAACCCUUUGCUCAGCUCAUGGCCGAGUGCUGGGACCAGGACCCUCACCGCAGACCCAAUUUCAGCUCCAUCCUGGCCCAGCUAACGGCACUGGAGCAGCAGGUGAAGGACGAUAUGCCGCAGGACUCCUUCCACUCCCUGCAGGAGGACUGGAAACUGGAGAUCCAGGACAUGUUCAAUGAACUCCGAGCAAAAGAGAAGGAGCUGCGAUGCCGUGAGGAGGAGCUGAAGCGAGCGGCUCUGGAGCAGAAGUCCCACGAAGAGUUCCUGCGGCAGCGUGAGCAGCAGCUGGCCCAGUGGGAGCAGGACGUGUUCGAGCGUGAGCUCAGCCUCCUCAUCCUCCACCUGAACCAGAACCAGGAGAAACCCAACGUCAAGAAGCGGAAGGGCACCUUCAAGAAGCACAAGCUCAAGAGCAAGAACGGCGAGAAGAUCAGCAUGCCUCAAGAUUUCAUUCAUAAGAUCACAGUCCAGGCUUCCCCGGGCCUGGAGAAGAGGCGGAACUCUCCUGAUUUAGGUUCGGGCUCCUCACCCUCCUUCGGCCCACGUUUCCGUGCGAUCCAACUCAGUCCCAGUGACAACAGCCGGGCGUUUGGUCUGAGCCCAGUCUGGCCUCUAGAGGCCCCUUCUCUUAAACAAGCCAAUGGAGACCUGAGGUUGGGCCCCAACUGGAGGCCCCAGAGCCCAAAAAGUCCCAAAAGCCCUAAAGUCCUGCGCCUUAGUCCCCAGGAAAGCAGUCUGUCGAUGAGGGCCAAGCUCCUGGAGUCGGACAGCAAUGAGAAUGGCGAAUCCAAGGAUGACUUUGAGGAGUACAGACCCUCUGCGCCAACCCCUCCCUCUGCUCAGAAUGGCUCCUCAGUAAAGGACAGCUUGCGGCUUCCACUACCUCAGCGAGACUCGGGCAGUGAGGAAGGGGGUUCCUCUCCGGUGGGCUCUCCCAGGCUUGAGAGAGGUUCCCUUGGUGGUCUCAUUAAGAGCACCCAUCAGGCCCUGCUGGGCGGUGGCUCCCUCCUGGCCUCCGUAGGACUAGGUCGCUGCCUGGAUAUUUCCCCACGGGUGCCCCCUCGAACUAACACUUCUUCCCUAGGAGAUCGCACCCCCUCCGAACCGGAGAUCUCCUUCCCUAAACCCCUCAUUUCAGACCCCCCAGUAGUGGACGAUCUCAUCACCUUCUCCACCUCUGAACUGCUCCCUAGACCGCUCUUGGAUUUAGCUUUGCAGUACCAAGAACUGAAGCCCUUGCCCCUGACACCGCCUCCGCCGAACCCCCGUGAGAGGAGCAGUCACUGGACGCCGCAGUCGCCGCACAGUCCGCAGAGCCCCAGAACCCCCACGCAGCAAAGCUGGGCCAGUCCAGAGGAAUGGACCCCAAGUUCCCAUUCGACUAAAAGGGAGCUGGGCUGUGAGGCCUGGGAGCACAGAGCUGACAGAAGGAGGAGGUCCAGCCAAGGCCUGCAUGCCUCUCAACUAGUUUUGGACCUUCCCUUAUGCCAAGACACACAGGACUCUGAUGACAAGCCUUCAGUGCCCUGCUCUCUCCACCCCAACCCUGCCCUCUGGAGCCCCAAAACCCGCCGCCUGGAGGUCAGUGUCAUCCCCCGGCCCCGUCCGUCUCCCAUCCGGCCCCGCAUCGACCCCUGGAGCUUCAUCUCAGCCGGCGGUGGGAACUCCGGUAGUGGCCGCAGCCCAAACCGCUCAGACAGCAACCUUCUGGGCUACCAGCCUUCCCCUACCAACCCUUUCAACUGUGACAUCUUCCCCUCGCCUGACUGCGACCCAUUCGCCCUCAAGGCUGACCCCUCGAGUGGCUCUGACACGGCCUCACCCUUCGACCCCUUCUUGGCUCCCUUCCCCACCUCACGUUCUGCCCCGUGCUCCACUAACGGCUCGCCCACGCUGCCCUCGUUCCGCAUACCGCCUCUCAACCCGGCCGACUCGCCCCUCAUCGACUUGGGCUGGGCGGCCUGCAGCAAGCCCUUGGAUGGCACCAAAGAGAGAGCUCACCCCCGCAGGACACUGGGGCUCAAGCCCUUCAAGUCCCCAACGCAACUUAGAGAUGAUAGGUUCUAAACCCAUGGCAAGGCUGUGUUUUUUACAGGAACACCGUCUAGGACCCUUUCCACUACCGUGUCCUACAUCUUAACGACGAUUUGGAAUCCUUUAAAAAAAGCACACUCAACCCACCUAGGGAGGUUACACCGAUGGGAUCCUUAAUCUUUGCAGGUCCUACAUAUAUGCCAGCCUGCUGCUCUUGGAAACCAGAAACCCUGUGAAAGGUGAUCCAUUGGAUUGUGGGAUAGCUGCCUUUGAACCAGUGGCUGGUGUCCAUUUCAUUCUCCCUCUCUAUCACUUUGAAGGAGCAGAACACAGAUCACUUGUUCCAUCUUCAGAUUCUAUCAGACAGCUCAUAUCACCUGCUUUCAUCUCCACCCUACCUUUGAAGCUUUGUGACAAUGCAGAGGUGGAUAAGGCGACUUGCACAGCUUCAUCUGCCUCUACCUCUCUGCAGACUGAAAGCAUUCGGGACAAUUGUAAAUUGGAGUGCCUUAUUUCGUGAAGUGUUUUUAAUAUAUAUCUUUUCAAGGUUCCUUGAAUGGGUAAUCUGGUGCGUAGGGAAGAUACUAUGAAUUUGGCUUCAAUUUGAAAAUCAGCUUAGCAUUUCUGUCGUCUGCGUGUGAGUGCGUGUGUGUGUGCAUGUCUAGAGUUAUUGUUCAAGGAAAGCUUACUGUUUUGUUUUUUUUAAACAGUGUCUGCCUGUUGCAUUAUGGGAGAAAGCACUCAGAGUGGAUAUUCCAGGCCGCUCAUGAAAUCCAAGACAAAACCAUGACACAGGCGUUCCACUUGGAAGCAGAUAACAUUCCGGUCACAUUCCCCAGGAAAUGCCAGGAUGUGACACAUUCAUUCCUCUGGCAGGCGACACAGCACAAGAAACAGAGGGGAGCCCUCUGCGUAUAUGCCAAAGAUAUGGGGUUUGCCACUCUGGACAACACAGAGGAAGUAGAGAUAACCACAAGUGGUAUUUAAAUAUAACUUAAAUAUACUUUUCUUUGGUUAACUUUUUAAAUAUCAUCCAGGCUGUCUCAUCACCACCCCUCAAAAAAUAUUUGGAUAUACUACAGUACAUUGAAGCUUCAAUAAAUACUUUAUUUGUACAAUCCACCAGAGUAGUAGUAGCCUUGCAAAGCCAGCCCACAGUUUUGCAGUGUCUUGGACCACAUGAUUAACACUUCUCCCUUUGACCUGAUUGGACGAACGUGCCAGUCAGCUGUCAUUAGUUCCUUCUUCUUGAAUUAGGAAAACCGUUGAUGCUUAAUGUCAAAUUUCUCUUGAGAAGAGCCACCAGAUUUAGCUUCUGAAGGCAUGUGAGCCAGAAACAGGUUGUGAAAGUUAAAACUCAUGUUACAUUUUACCCCUGUACACACCUAAAUGUAAAGGGGAAAAAAGGUUUGACAUGUUGGCCAAUACACUUAUUUGCUUUCUUGUAGAGAGUGAGAUGAUUGAUACCAUUCUUAAAUCAGUCUGGUUGGCUUAGAUUAGCAUAAAGAUGGAGGUAGAAAUAUCUGCCUUCCAGCACCUCUUAAGUUUCCUUGCCUUCCCAGGCAACCAGUGGAAGUAGCCGGGGGAAUAACCCCUGGAAGACCAAAACAUUGUUGUGUGUAAAUUUUGUUUUUUUGUAUGGAUUAAACAAACAAGAUAUAACGUCGUAAUUAGUGAGCGUUAGAGGGGCUGGUAGAUAGAUUUUGUUAUAUUAGGACACAGCCUGGGUAGUUGUUUCCAGUCUUUAUGCUAAGCUAACUGUCUAACAGUUGAGAAUGGGUAACAUGCAUCAAAACAUCUACUGAUCACUCACAAAUCUUAGCAUAAAUAUCUUUCAGACUUGAGCUUGUGAGGCUGGCUUUGCAAGACUAGAGUAGCAGGGCUCCAAAACAUCCUUGUGUCAAAAAUCCAUCCUGAACCAUUUAAGCACUGCUAAAAAGAAAAAAGAUCUGAUAGGAUCCUGUGGAUAACUGUGAUGUGACGUUGAGAUACUUCCAGAGCAGACGAAGCAGAAACAUUCAACGAUAAUACAGGGAGAAAUUCUUUGUGGAGACGCUAAAAAUUUUAAACCAAAAGCAGUCUCAGCAGACCAGAAUGCUCUUGAGCAACUGAAAAACUUGCCCUUUCACUCUCGGUUCACAGUCAAUAUCAUCACUGAUCAUUCUACAUACUAAAUGUAUGUUCAAGCACUUUCUCAGGUUUUUUUCAAAAAAAGGAAAGGGGCUGCAGCAACUCCUGGAAUGGGUUGGACAUCACAGACUGAUGAUGCGCAGUAUCCAGGGUGGGUUUUUUUUUGUUUUUGUUUUUUUAAACGGCAGUCAACUAGUUCAACUGGCAUAUAGUCUAUUAACAUAAUUGGUGCAGGUCAAGCAUGUUAGCAACUGAAAGAGACCCACUUGCUCAUAGCACAAACUCGUCCUGUUACCAAGCCUUUGCUGGAGCGUUACGAGGUACAAAUACUGAUCGGGUUCAUCACUGACAUUGUAUCAUUGGAGGACAAUAACGGCUUUGUUCAGAUGAAGAGUGAAAACCCUGUCUCCAAAGGGGAAAGCCUUGUGAUUAGCCUAAUAAUCCUACUGACGAACAGAGGAGGCUGAUAGUGAUAAUUAGCCUCUUGAUAAGAGCAGGGAGCAUUAACAAAGCAUUCACAUAUCUGGUUAAUUAAUUUGCCUCGAUGUUACAAAAAUGCCCUGCGUCUUCCUCGCAAGGUAUAUUGAGUCAUUUCCUGCGUCAGCUCGUCUCGAUUUAAGCCAUGCCCCUUUUUUUAAUGCAUUAAGUUUCAAAGGCAGGUUGAGCAGUCUUCCUGUUUUCUCUGUUGCCACUGCCUGUUCAGCUGCUGACCAGAUGAGGUUUAUCUUUUUCUACCCUCUUACUCCUCACGUGAUGUGGGAGAUUUCCAUUCUUUCUUUUUCUCCUUACUCCUACUACUUUGCUCCCUUCUUCCUAACUGGCAAAUGUUCUAGGACAGUCCAUUACAUUUAAUUGAGGCAACUGAUUUUCUUUGUAAUUGAAACAGGAGCAUUAUUGUAUGUUUCUAUUGCACACACAAUAUGUCUGUUCAUGGUCUACAGGACAACAAAGAGACACGGUGCUUGUAAAGGAUUCAGUAUGCUUUGAACAAACUUGGUUGUACAGUGUGUCCAACUACAACUAAAGGCAAACGUGUAUAUAGCUUUUUCGAAUGGCCGCAGUUGAAGAUGAUGGUGAAAAGCCAGAGAGGCGAGGCGAGACGUGAUGAAUUGUAUAACUGGGUGUCAUGGCACACAUUUUCAUCUCUUCUUGAAAGCACUUGUGGUGUUGCACUUGGUUGUAAAAAAAAAAAAGAGAGAGCUUGAGAGAGUUCAGAACCUGCCUACUUUUGCAUGCACACUCAUGGCUGCAUGCAAAAACGCAACAAAUUGUCAUGCUUGCCAUACAUCAUACAUACAAAAGUAUGGAAAUGUCCAUAUUUAUAUCCUUUGGGGACUGCCUGGGGCCCCUUAGGGCCACUAAUGAAAAAUACGACCUCCUCUUUCAGUCAUUUGGAUCCGUCUUCAUGCCUCUAGGAGUUAUCUGUCUGGAGAUAAUGAACCCUAAAAAUAGCUUCUAAGAUGUUUUUUAGGGGGCGGAAAUAACUAAAUAAAUAUUCUAAAUGCAAAAUAACUAUGAAAUUCUCAACAUUAAGUUCAUUUCAGAGAACUUAUUUUGUGGUCGCAAAUAUAUGGAAGCACAUUUCCAUCUAAUGUGAUGAAGAGAAAAAAACACCCUGUAAAGAAGAGAUCUGACAGAGUGCAGCUUUUGCAGGGAGAGGCGUCUUUUUCCAGUUGUUUUAUGUAAGCGUUUUGUGCACUGCUGAUGCGUUAAACACUCUAAGUGCCCCACGUUUUUGCCAGACCACUCUGAACACCUCGAGUUGAAAAAACUUAAACUCAGAGCAGAGAAGCGUCUGACAUCAUUGCCAUUUUUUUCCGUAUUGUCCAAUCAGAUGAGAAUAGUGAAGUGAAAAAAUAGUGGUGGAUGUUGCUGGAAAUCAUGUAGCUAUAUGAUUUUCUAACCGUUGUUACUAUGAUUUGAACAGUAAACAGCAAUUUCAUUAAUUCAAACUGUACUAAUAGUUAACUGGCUAGGCCUAAACCCAAAAUAUUGCCUUGACGUUAAAACAAAUAAAACACGAAUAAAUGCUUUGCUGCUCGGUAUGAACAACCCUGUAGUUAGAACGUUUCUCAUUAUUUUGAUUUACUAACUCUUUAUUUUGAGAGAGUUUCUCAAAAUAAUGACUUAUAGGAUCUUUUUUUUUUUUCAUCACAUUGCCGGAUAUGGGCUUCCAUACACAUAGCAUACACAUAAAGUUUGAACAGAAUCUAAAAUGUAAACAAAACCCUCUAUUUGACAUACAAAGAUCCGAAGUAUAUUAGCGACCAUUCAGAAUCUGACAGGAUCCCCCAAACAGUUGUUUUAUGUUGACCUCGGGUCCAGUCGAACAACUCACGUGCCAUCACUUGGACAUGAGCACCGUGGAUCUUCCUUCACCUUGUGCAAAAGUUGCAGGUUUAAUAUAGAAUUAGUCUCUCUCAGCAGUAUUCCUUACCUUCCUUCGCUCUCUUGUCCUCAUCACUUACAUUUUCCAGAUGUGACAAGUGAUGAGUUAUUGCCUCGUCUCUUUGUGUCAACACACAAAGCCACAAGAGCUGUCCUCUGAUAGUCAUUAGGCGUGGAUAGCUGUUAUUGUCGACGGCGCUCUGUGAGGAGAAAAAGAUACAUGAAGGAAAUUGAGAUGAUUGAAACGUCUGGCAGAUUAUUUCUGUCACAAAUUCCGUGUGUGUGUCAAGUAUCCACUUUAACCUGCCACUCAUGCCUUGUCUGUUUGUUCACUCGGUGCUAGACUUAAAUUUUCCCUCACUCUUGAUGUUUCAAAAGUGUUACCUGCCGUUCUCGAUCAAGCUUGUGCACACUGAGAGAUUGUGUGAGUGAUAACAGAAGUCACUGAUUUCCACGUAUGAUUUAAGUUUUUGCCUGUAGUUGGAAUGGGAAUUCUCCUGAAGAUUUUUCAUUUGAUUUGGUGAGAAACCUUCCUGCCCCAAAAUGACCUGUGCAUAGAAAUACUUAAAAGUAUUUUUUACGCAAACAAUACACUCCUACUUCAAAUCUUAAGGCAUAAUCUGAAUCUGACAGAACUCCAGUUUGGUAGCUGAGGGAGUAAACGGGACACAUUUUAGGAAAUCUUUUGUGGACAGGGAUGUCCGAUUUGUGGUUUUGGCUGUCAUAUUUAAGAACCAUAGCUGCCACUUAUCUGCUGCAGCUGACAGCUUGUGUGCCAAUAAGAAAGUCCUGAUGAGUCGUUUGUGGCUCUCUGCUCUUCCAGGCAUCAGCCCCAUCCGUCAUUGCAAAUCAGUGUCCGGCGUACAAACUGAAAGGGAGAACGGAAGUGAACUACCUGCAGGAGAGACCGAUAUCUGGCCACCGCUGAGCAACUUUCAGCCCCACAGUGGCAGGGAGCAGACAAGGUUCAAGCGCCGACCAUUGCCUCUAAUCAGUGAAUGAGAAAUAGUCAAUACGAUAUAUGAAUAAAAGCUAAUGAGACUGCACAGUGGAGGAACCCAAGGCCCCGACCCUAAUCACGCAAAGAGGCUACUUGUGAGCGGUGGUUGUGUUGUAAAAAAUUCCGAGGUGAAAAAUCAGAGCCAUUAUCUAGAAGAAUAAAGCAAGCUAGUUAUUUGCUGGCUUUGUGAAGGGAUAACAGUGGAAAGGUGUUGCCUAACGCAACCAUCCAUCGGGGUUCCACUCACUCUUAAAGCUUAAUUUGUUAUGUUUCCAUGCAUUCUAAUUAUCUGGUUUACACUGAUUAAGCCAUUGAUUCAACUGUAGCAGUAGUCAUGUAAAUGCUGUAUGUAUUUGCAGGGAACAAAUACUAAUUAGGGACAUUCUGUAAUACAGAAAACAAUGGAAAUAAUAAAGCGGCUGCCCCUUGUAAACCUGCCACGCCUGCCUCCAAUAUCGUUGAAGGUGGACAUCCCCUGAUAAUUACUACAAAUUAUAUUUAGUUUUAUAUGACAUGUCUCUUAACAUUUUACUAUAUUUUGUUAGUGUUGGUGCUCCAUAUUGAAGAUUAUCCUUCCUUUUCAAAAUCAAGACAUAAGUAAAAUGUAUAAAAGUAUAGGCUAGUAUUUUUCAAUUUUGAAAUAGUCCAAACACUUUAAUUGAACUAUUGUAUACUGAUUACUAAGUAACCGAGCACAGUGUGCAUGUUGGUUGUAAACAUACUCAUUUAAAGUGUUUGGUGUCUCAAGUCAGCAGGUCAGGAGGGGACUGUAUUUCAUUACAUUUUUUCUGCUGCAGUUAAAUAAUGUUUUCUCUCCUUCAUGUUCACUGAAAACAUUUGAGAAGAAUUCGUCAAGGAUGGAGGGAAAACCUGAACACGUGCCGCAUUUAUUUUAUUGAUCAAACUUACCUUGGCGGCUUAGCGAAGAGUAAAUUCUGAAACAGCCAAAUAGAUGGCCUGCUAUUUCAGUGGCGUUCACCCCAUUUACAGCUGCUGUCUUCGCUUGCUUGUGUUCAGUUAAGUGGAGGUUACAAAUAUACCUGGUUAUCAGCCUCGUUUCGGCUGUCUCACAGCCAGCUGCCAGCGCCCGAGACACAUUAUUGCACUUUCUGGCUCAUAUUAAACUGAAACACCUGCUCAGGCCUUUGUUUGGAAUUAACAGGCUGAGACCAAAUGAUCAAAUAUGACCUUUCAUUGAUUGUACAGGAAUUGCACAUCUCUAUAGGGAUGUGGACAAAAGCCAUGUUUGCGAGAAGCGCCGCCAGGUGCGUAAGCUAAUGCUCAGUCUCCCAAAGUGUGAGUAUUCUUCCUAAUUCUUUUCAGUCUGUGCGUCCAAGGUCACCAUCUGUUGUCCUCUUUUUCUGCAACAACGAAAACUGAAUGAAUGGGAGCCAUGAAAGAAGGACCAAUUAGUUUCCAAGACCACAGUGACGGCUCUUAGAGAUGGCUGGCGCUCUGUAUUGAAAAUAAACAUGGAGUUUGUCUAUGAGGUCAUUAAGUCCAAGGCCCACAAACUCGCCCCCCUUCCCUCAACAGCCCCAUGAUUAUUUUUUUCCGCCUAGCUAUUGACACACAAUUACCUUGUGAUCUUCCUGGAAUAGAAGCUAUUCAAUCAGUACAUUUCUGUUUCUGGAGGGCUGAAUGAGUGCACUGCAAACCAAUUGGUUGAGUAAACAGCCCUUGUGUAUCAAAUAUAGACAGCAAAAUGAUUUAGCACAUUGUUUGCACAUAAAAGGAAUGAAAAUGAUGAUAUUUUUGGCAUUUUGCUUUAUGUCAAACUAUAUGCCAGGGUGCAUAAGCUAUAAAGACCACCUAUAGAGCCCAGGUCAGACCAGCGAGUACAUCUUAUUUUGCCUCUUUUAAGCUUGCUAAUGUAGUUACGCUAAAAGUAUCAUUAGCUAAACAAGUGGCAGUGUUUUGGUAUUUUUCACCCACCUCACACAAUUCUUACCAGCUUAAAAAUUCAAAUAAAAUUGCCUACCAUUCAAUUUUGAUUUGGUUAAAAUAAGCCAUUGCCCUGUUAGGUAUAAGCUAGCUUUUUUGGAUUCUCCAGAUCUUUGCUCUCUCAAAGGUCAGCUGAGCCUAAAGAUUUAACCAAGGCUUGAGGGUAUUUAACUUAGGUGGUCUCUUUCAGGUGCUCAUGCUGGGGCUUAAAUAACUCAACUCUAAAUGAUCCACAGAGGCAAUUUGAAACGGUUUAGAUGGUACAAAUCCCCAUGACUCACUGGUCAAAUUUCUUCCACUCACAGCAUCACUGUACUGUAAAAAGCUUUUCCUUCUGACAAAGACAAGGACAUUGACAACAUUUCUAUACAGCGGGGUGGAAAAGUGGAUAUUUAUAAAUGGCCAUCUUUUUACACACUGGAUCAAAACAAUUUCUCUUUCUAGAUGGCCAUGGACGCAGUCUACAUUAGGAUGGUGGAUUGAUUGCUUCAAAUGAACAAAAUAUUUUCUAGGUUUUCACUGGAGUAUUUGAAGAUAUAGGUAUGGGUGCUUCACAUGAGGCAAAUUAACUUUACAUUCCAGUUCUUCAAUUCGACCAAAUCCAUAUGAAAAUGAUUUCUCUACAAGCCCCAGUAACUGUGAGUAGCAGAGAAGUCAACAGAAUUGCCUGGUAGCGCUUGAAAUCCGGUUCUUUUGUGUACAUACCAGCAAAAUCCCAAACCUAAAUCACAGUCUAAUGUCCCCUUGGGGCACCCAUACUGAGUUUGUUUAUGUGCAUAAAACUGCUAGGAAAUGAGGAUUUUGUCACUACCCUAAAGGAGUAGACAAGGUUGACCUCCUCUCUGUCUUUUUUAAUCUAUUUGCUUUUAUUGUAAUUGUUCCAGAUUCAUUUCCAUGUCUAUUUUGUGUUUUAUUACAACCUAGGCGGUGUCAUAACGUAAUUGUUGCAUUGCCCUGGCAGCCAUUUUUACAUCUCUCUCAGAACUGUCUCUGCUCCUGUGAGUCAGAGGUAUUGCGGUCGUCGGGGCUUUGAAAAUUCGUUAUUGUUGCAUUUUUGUGAAAUCUCGCACUGGGCUGGGCCUAAUCAGCUGUUUUUAUUGUUGUGUGUCAAGAGGACUAUUUCUGUAUACAGUAUGUGAAAAUGUUUUUAUUUCUCUUGACUAUUAUAAUGGGUUUUAACCUGUGGAAAAAAAAAGGAAGGAAAAGCUCAAAAAGAAGACCAAAUAAAAUGUAACACUCCUGA